UACGGGAUCCCGAAACCACCAGCCACCCCGACCUAAUUCAUGAUGAGCCCACCAACUUCCUGGCGAGAUGCCUACGGUUAAAAACAACCGACAUGUCAAGAUCCAAAUUCGAAUUGGUUCCUGGUCCUGGUCAGAGACCACCGUGUUCGCGCCGGCGGUCCAACAAAGAGGCGAAGUAGUGGUGUCUUUCUUUCCAUUACGAACGACACGCUUCGCCUGCUCCCUCCCCGUGUCCAUUAGCGCUCCUGUCCAGAGCGAAGAGAAGGCGAAAAAGCGCCGCCGAAGCUGCAUGAGCAGGCUUCUAUUGCUACGCAACAAUAGAGCAGGCGCGCCGCCCACAAAAUGUUUGAAUGAUCGGGUAAAGAGCGAGCUUCUUAUAUGGGAUCCGACGCAUCCAGCAGAGCGAAGCAGCGUUCCAUUCUUUUCGGCGGCAUCCUUCCGCAUUGGCGGCGAGUGGAGUGCCACAAUCCCAUUCAUCAUUUUUGAUCUACAUAACCCAAAGCCCAUAGCACUGGCGACAUCUCCGGCAUAAAUGCAAGGAGGAUGUAUAGCUGAUAUAGGAUCUUGUGGAACUGGAUUUGAUUCUGCAAGCGGUUCGGUACGAACGAAGAAAUUUCGAACAAAAGGAUCGGAACUCGCUGAUAGGAAAGGAGAGAAAAACAAAGCAAUGCCAAGAGCUCCGUCAAUCUGCUGUUCAUCGAUAGACGAAGCUCUCUCUUUUUCAUCUCGUGCCAGAUGUAACAAAAGAUUAGUCCUUUUUCCUUCUCGCGAACCACGGGAGCGCCCAGCGCCCAGAAGAGCAAAGCUCAUUUUCAAAACAGGGUCAAGCGGCGCAUUAAAAAGGGCUGGCCCGUUAAAAGGACGCUUACUUUGCGAACGAAGUUCAGAAUCAACAAGGGUUCUCCGAACGAAGGGAGUGUACAACUGGGGCGCAGCCCAACUUUUUUGUUGGAGAGAUAGAAUGGAGUUCUUCACGAAGUUCGAGACAAAGGAAAAAAUCAAAGUUUCUCUAUAGCCUCUUCGUUUUGAGACAUUAUGGCUUUGGGGUCGACCCCGGUAACAAAAAAGGAAUCCAUAAAAACUGGGGAUCCAACACCAUGAUAAAAUACUACCCUCAUGAUUAGACCAUGUCCCUGAGAUUUGAUAAAAAAAAGGUGCAUUAGCGGUUAAUACGUUGUAAUUAGAUAAGUUAUUUGGAAUAUGACGGAACGAAAGACCAAGGAAAGGAAGAAGAAUGCACCAAAAUGCAAGUGCUGCACCAAACGCUGGUGGUUGUUUCUUGUUGUAAGUGAAUGCAACGAAAAGACCCGGAAAUAACGAAUAAUGAGAAAAUUCAUUUAUAGACAUUUCGUGCUCAUUUCCAAAUUUAUGCUUAGUUAUUCCCAUCAUCCGGUAACCACAGGAUGAUCCCAAUCUCCUUUUAGUAAUAGAUCUUUUUGAUAUGUCUCAGUCUCAGCGGCAAGGAAGAGAAAAUGCAUCGAGUCGUUUAUCAAGAAAGUGGACGAGCAUGGCGGUCCCUAUAUCUCUGAGGGGUGUACCACUUUUUUUUUCAAGUCAGCUUAAGAGGUUCAAAAGAGAAAGUCACUCUCCUUAUUCUUGGCUAGUGGAAUGGAAGCAAGACUCUUUCCUAUCCACUUUGCCGAGGGGAGAGAACUCAAAGAUAACUCAAGCUAGACAGAAAGGUGCAAAAGUCCAAAGUUUCUUAAGGAUCCUGUAAGCAAGUAGGUUAAGAUUGUCAUUUAGCUUCAAUUUCUUCAGUCUCACAAGCGGGUCCGCAUGCAACAAAAGAAAUUGUAUUUUCCUACUACUCCGACCUUGCCCUGAAAGGAUAAGGAAAUUGGAUAAGAGCGAGAGCUAGACUGACUGUUGGUCCAAUGCUAGUGGAGGAUUCAGACUGAGGACCCCCUGUGGCGGCUACUCAUAAGAAGAUGAAGGAUUGAAAGAGGACUGAUCACCCCUCUGAUUUGUGAUCUUUUAAUAGAAAGAAAAAGCCUUCUCUCAGACUUAAAGGUAAAUGAAAGCGGGAUUUUUUUUCUCUCCUCUAAGCUAGCAGCAAGUCAAGUAAUCUGAGAAUGCUGCCCCCAAUCCGUAGCUGAGGACGAACUCAACUCAUAAGCUUUUUUUGAACCAAGCACCUGUUGUAGAAAUGAAAAACCACCCACUAGCAGAGGCUGGAACAACCCAUAGAAGUGUAGGGGCUGCUUCAACCAGGCGUACCCGUAUCCAUUGAUUUACCUCCUCUAGAGAGUAUUGAACUUUGUGACAAAUAGGUUAUAGUUACACUCCUUAACUCCCUAUUCGCGAGAUAUAAAAGCUAGCUAGUAAGAAGACUUUCCCUUCUUUUCUGGGAGGGUGAGAACUUGAAAGACUGGCAGAGAAAAGGAAGAAAAGCGGCUAAUGCUAUCUAAACGAUUAUUUCAAAGUUUACCAAGUUCGAUCGUUCACGAGACAGGGGACUCUUUUAAAUAAGACAGUGUAUGGCUGCGAAUAAGUCUAUUCGGCAAGUCAUAGAGAAGGACUGGAUAUAAGCUAUUCCCCGGUUCUUCAUUGGAUCCUUUUAGUUUAAUAUUACUUUUUGGAAGCAAUCUCAUAAUAAUAUGUAUUAGGGACAGCAUUUAGGAUAGCAAAAGCAUUUUUGGAGCAAGAGGGAUUACCUUCCAGAUUCUUUUGUGAUACCCUCUGUGUCGCCUUCUCCUGGAUGGUCAGCCCAGUGUCCUGAAUCCUUGAGCUCUUCCUCAUGGCUUUGACUGGUGACUUACAUUUCAUCUUAUUUGCAGCUCUCUUGGUCCUUGGAUAUGAUGUCUUCUGCCACUCUCCUUGGUGGCUAUUCUCCACCAUCUCAGUCCCCUCUGAGGUCAGCUGAAUCUGAUCAGUGGCUGUCUCUGCCUAAUCCACCAAGUGUGUACAAGACAAGAUCUUUGUCUGUCACAGGUUCUCCUGCUGCUGCAAGUUGAUCAGACUGGAAUUUGAUCCUGCGCAGAUAAUCUUGAGCAGUCUGGGAUCCUUUCUUGAUCGUUUGGAUCUGAAUACGCAGCUCAAUUAUUUGAGCAUUUGUCAUACAGCCAAGACUUCCGGUUUUUUUUCAGGUUUUCUCCCUUUUCUACGAAGGUUUGCUGCUCCGCCUGCACCAGUGAAUUAUUCUAUUCUUCUCCUUUGGUUCAGUCUGUGGGGAAAUCAGAAUUCACCAUUGAAUCCUGUGGAUCAGCUCCCUUACAUAAUAAUAUUUCACUGUAUCAGCUACGAGGGGAAAAUCUGAAAGACAGAGGAUAGAGAGUGAGAGAAAGAGUGUGAGACUUGCGCCGCUCUCCAUUUCGAGGGGAUUUCGACGAUUCUGGGGUGAUUGAACUAUUUCUUUACCUGUUCAAUUUCUAACGAAUCAAGAUAUCCUCUUGUUCCGGUAUAAAUAGUAGCUAUCUGCUCUUCCACUGGGAGAGGAUUUGCCUGGGAUUGUUUAAGCAAUUCCCUUAAUCGUCGACCCCUUGCCAAUUGAUUCUGACUUGUUUUAUCGAGAGCAGAGGCGAAUAAUAGGCUUGUCACUCUGCGAAUUGAGCUAGUUCCAAUUUGGAUUUGCCAGCUACUUGUUUCAUGGCUUUAAUUUGAGCCGCGGAUCCUACUCUGGAAACUGAAAUACCCACAUUAAUAGCGGGUCGAAUUCCGGCAUGGAAUAGAUCCGCAGAUAAGAAUAUUUGUCCAUCUGUAAUGGAGAUUACAUUAGUAGGAAUAUAGGCGGAAACGUCUCCAGAUUGAGUCUCAACUAUUGGUAAAGCGGUCAUACUUCCUUCGCCUAAAAGAGAAUUUAAUUUCGCGGCUCUUUCUAAAAGGCGUGAAUGCAAAUAAAAAACAUCCCCUGGAUAAGCCUCACGGCCGGGACUUAAUAGAAGGGACAUUUGGCGAUAAGCUUGUGCCUGUUUGGAGAGAUCAUCAUAAAUUAUUAAAGUAUGCCGUUCGCGGUACAUAAAAUACUCAGCCAGGGCUGCUCCCGUAUAAGGAGCGAGGUAUUGUAAUGUAGCAGGUGAAUCCGCCAUUUCAGCUACUACAAUAGUGUAUUCCAUGGCCCCCUCCUCAUGGAAAGUAGUUACUACUUGAGCUACGGAGGAUGCUCUUUGACCGAUAGCUACAUAAACACAUAUUACACCUUGCCCUUUUUUCUUGAGAAUUGUAUCUGUGGCUACUGCUGUUUUGCCAGUCUGUCUGUCCCCAAUAAUGAACUCUCGCUGACCGCGCCCUAUAGGGAUCAUCGAAUCGAUAGCAAUAAGCCCUGUUUGAAGAGGUUCGUAUACGGAACGCCUGGAAAUUCUACUUGGAGCAGGAGAUUCAAUUAAGCGAGAUUCGGAAGCUACAAUUUCGCCUCUCCCAUCAAUAGGUUUAGCCAGAGCAUUUAUAACACGACCCAAGUUAUAUACGCUCACGGGUAUCUGAGCAAUUCUUCCUGUUGCUUUUACAAAACUUCCCUCUUGAUGCUAAACCAUAGCUCUAACUGAGUAAAAUUCCACAAUUUCUAAGAACGAUAUGCUUUUUUGCAUUUUCCACUGUGAAAGCUUCUCUCAAUCCCUCCCUAGUCCUUUCUUUCCUGGGCACAGGCUUACCUGGUUGACCGCCCACAUUCAUUCAUUGUUCGUUCUGUUGUGGAAUCGAACCACAGAGCUAGCGCAAUUGGGAUUUAGAGUCCCAUGCGUGAAACUAAAGAGGAUUUUCAGUCCUCUGCUCUACCAGCCAGAACCUAGAAGGACACUUCACACCCGAUUUGACACAGCUAGACUGGAAACACUGCUUGUCAAGAGCACAGACCCCAGUAUAGAAUACUUUUUUGAGUAUGUUGGUAAGGUCCGGUCAUCCGCUUCUGUGCUUGCACUUCUGCGUAACUAGGGGUGCAAGUCCAGUACAGCGUACUUUCAUAAUUGAAUCAAAAGCGUCGAUACAUGAAAAAUCUCUAUAUACGAUAUUUAUGACACAGAAUGUUGUUCUUUCAACAUGAUUCCUCAACAAUUUUGUCAUUGUAACUGACUCUCCGUUCUCUCCGUUCCACUUUGGUUUUCGACUAAUAAUUACCAUGAUGAAUUUCUCUUACUGCUUGGUUCCGCAUUGGAUUUUGGAAACUUUUGUUUAGAAAGUGGUGUCACGACCGUGGGGAUCAAAUGGAUGGUUCAGGAAAGUCUAGUGAAGCGGCACGGUCUAAUCAUAUAGAUGACCAUAGUGGUAUGGUUCCAUAGAAAACUACUGGAGGCCAUUACCGCCACCGAAAUGGUUUCCAUGCUCCGUUGGAUGAUUUGACGAUAUCGCAGUAUCAAGCUAGAACGGUUUCAAUUUGUAGGACGGGAAAGAAACCUCAUCCUUUGGUGCACACUAACCGAUGAAGCUCAACCCUCUCUCGAACUGAGCUAUUUCCGCUUUUUCGAACAAAAAGUUCGAGUAGUUCAGUGAAAAAACGGUCAAGCUUUCUUCCAUCCUUCCUAGCUCCUCGAGCUUGCACCCGCUCGACGCCUUUUUCAUUGUUCGUUCUGAGGUGGAUUCGAACCACUCUCUCCGUUUGGAUUUCGAGUCCAAAAGGCCCGGCGAAAGAGGAUUUUCAGUCCUAUGCCCGCUGCCAGCCAGAACGGGAUUUUUCCACUUCACACCCACACAAUCGGGAUUUGAUGAAAUAGCUACGUUUUUUUCUUAUUUGAUUCGGAUACUGUCAAUCUACUGUCCAUCUUUCUCUUUAGUUUUCUCCUUUCUUUCUCCUCAACCUAUCUCCAUUGGAUGGACUUACGAAAGAAUAAUAUCUAAUCUCCCCAUCGCGGUUAGGAUCCCAUGAACCAGGAGCGCCAGCACCGGUUCCUCGAUCUUCCUACUGGAGGCAUGGUCAUGGCUUUCAUUCAUUCAUUUCAUUCUUAGUUCUGUUGUGGAAUCGAACCACUCAAAGGAUUUAGAGUCCUUUUACCAACCAGUCAGAACCAAUAUUUCUCUGUUAUAUUCUGUUUUUUCUUUGUCAGCUAGCACAAUUUGGAUUUCGAGUCCAAUGCGCUAACGCUUUCUUUAGUUUUCUUGCUCUUUCUCCGGGCUUUGACCAUGUCUCCCGAACAAUUUCAGUACAUAUGGCGCAAGACGAUUCCACAUAUAUAUCGAGGUCGGAAUGGGAUCGGGUGUUUUCACGUCUCACCGUAGUGCCCGGUUUGUCUUGAUUGGUGAUUGAUAAACAAGAAGGAAAAUGGAAAAGUAGAAAAUCUACAUGUUUAUACCGUUGAGGUCCUUAGUUUAGUCAAGUAGGCGAGGGCAUUUCCAUCGCGAAGGAUUCAAUCCAGCCACAGGUUCCCCUACGGCUACCUUGUUACGACUUCACCCCAGUCGAAGACCCCACCGUGGUAUGCGCCAAUAAGACCACCAAAGGCCUUUGUGGCACUAGUGGUACACAGAAGUCAUGGGUGAUCAUUGGUCCGAUGCUUCGGGCGAAACCAAUUCCCAGGGUGUGACGGGCGGUGUGUACAGGGCCCGGGUACAUAUUCACCGCGGCAUGCUGAUCCGCGAUUACUAGCGAUUUCAACUUCAUGUUCCCGAGUUGCAGAGAACAAUCCGAACUGAGGCAAUCUUUCCGGAUUCGCUCCGCCUUACAGCCUUGCUUCCCAUUGUCAUUGCCAUUGUAGCACGUGUGUGGCCCAGCCCAUAAGGGCCAUGCGGACUUGACGUCAUC